AUGGACUCCAACUCUCCGCCGGGAGGGCCUUUGAACGGGUUAGCGUGUCUUGCCUGCAAGUCCCGAAAGACCAGAUGCGACCGUUCGAAGCCCACCUGCGAUGGUUGCUUUGCGCGGCGCCAACCGUGCAUCUAUCCCAAGCGCAAGGCAAGAAAAAAGGCCAACUCGGCUGCCAGGCGAUCAACUCCGCAGUACGUCGAAGACAAGUGCUCAAAACUUGUCGCUAGCAGUUCCCAGGUCAAGGUGUCGCCGUUGGUAGCUGACAGCGACUCUGAAACAAGUCCAUUCUCGCUUCUUGGCGCAUCCCCAACCGCAAAGGUUGCAGACGAUGCUCCCGGAGAAGAGGCAGGGGGUAUCGUGGGAAGCAGUCUUGAGAACCCCUAUUCCGCCGAUACGCUUCUCACGGAGGCUCUUGCUCAGGUGGUACAUCUGAAACACCAGAGAUCCAGUAUUCGAUCAUCAUACAACGAGAAUCAUGUUCCACCAGAUAUUGCCAAGGCGUGUCUCAACAACUUCUGCAGGCAUUACAUGGCCGACAUCUAUCAAUAUUCGAUUAACACCAAGCUCAUGUAUCUGAUUCCGCACAUGAUCAACAUGCCAGAAGUCAACAUAGACCCCGCCGCGCUCAGCCUCUAUCAUGGCAUGCUUUACCAUGGGUCUCUAAGCGUGGCCACGAGACCGGACUUGCAGAUCGAAAAUGUCACUCGUGUCACAUAUUUCCAUUUUGUCCGUGCCAUAGCCGCCUGGCAGAAGAAAUUCUCGGGGACGAGGACUGACCUUGUCGUCGCAAUUCUAUAUGCUAGCCUUCCGUUGGUUGACUUGGUCUCCGAGAACCCCGAGCAGGCCGUUUCUGGCUUGGACUCCCUUGUUGCCUCUCGAUUAACGGACCUUCUUCUUCGGUUCUUCGAUAUACUGAGCCAUUACAAGAGGGAGCUCAACAACGACAUAAUCGGUUGCAUACAAAGUCUCUCUGAAGAGAUUGAAAGUUUGUUCCGGGAGUGGCCAGUGAUAGAUACAAUGACUGCCUCUGAAAACAAGCCCGAACACUGGUGGAUGCUCUUCGACCUGACGCUGAUAGCAUACAGCUCAAUGAUCACCAUGUGUCGGGAAUUGUUACACAUGCCCAUCUGCCUACCCACCACUCCCCCGGGGAGGGGAGCCAUCCAUCAGCUCGUGCUCAGCAUUGCGCGCCGCAUGCUGAACCUCGCCUAUGCUGCUCUCGUCAGCUACCCAGUCUCGACAGUAGUCUGCUACAUGUUUGGAGCAUUUCGCUGUGAUAUGGCCUACGGCUGCAUGGUAGAGCACUUGCUUGCUGGCGACCCCGGCGAGCCUGGCUCAACAGCUGGGCCCGACAUAACCAUCUUGUGGCAGGUGGCGCAAAACGUUACCUCAAUCGCAGAGAGAGACCAAGACAUAAUGCCACUCGCGAGCACUCUCUACGAAAUGAACCAGAUCAUCCGCGCAAAGUGGGUUUUGGUUUCAUCAGGUGUGACGACUCGCGGGAAUGCAGGGCUCCAAUGA